GCGGCGUCUUCUUCUACCCGGUGAUGCCGGCCUUCGUCGUCUCCGACGCCCUCGAGCCCGAUUUCCCCAUCAUCUACGUCAACACCAUCUUCGAGAUCUUCACCGGAUACCGGGCCGAUGAGGUCCUCGGUCGGAACUGGCCAUGUACAUGGUGGCUUCAAUGGUUCAACCUGAUCUCGGAUGUACAGCUGUCAAGCUGCAUGUGGAGAGGUUAUGCGGGUCAUUGCAAGUAAAACAUAAGGUCCAGGUAGCAGAUAGUGCCAGUCCUCUGCCUUCCCCACACCAUCGGUAUUUAGUAGGAUGUUCAAAAUUUUGGCUCACAGUGGAAAUCUUCCUUUCAGCCGCUUCUUACAGUUUAGAGAUCCACGUGCACAAAGGCGGCAUCCAUUGGUGGAUCCUGUGGUUGUCUCGGACAUCCGUAGAUGUCUUGAGGAAGGAAUCGAGUUCCAAGGUGAGCUUCUCAACUUCCGAAAGGAUGGUACUCCCUUGAUGAACAGGCUACGUCUCACACCCAUACACGGGGACGAUGGCGUUGUGACGCAUAUUAUAGGCAUUCAGAUGUUCUCUGAAGCAAAGAUAGAUCUGAACCGUUCAUCGUAUCCAGUCUUCAAGCAGUCUUCUUAUCAGUUGUCUGACGAGUCGUGCGGAGAGACUCCAACGUGUGAGCAAGCACCGAACAGCCAGCACCUCAACAUCUGUGGGAUACUUCAGCUCUCUGAUGAAGUCCUAGCCCACAAUAUUCUAUCGCGCUUGACACCUAGAGAUGUUGCAUCUGUCGGGUCGGUCUGUACAAGGUUUCGCCAGCUGACGAAAAAUGAGCAUCUUCGUAAAAUGGUAUGCCAAAAUGCAUGGGGAAGAGAAGUGACUGGUACAUUGGAGCUGAUGACCAAGAGAUUAGGGUGGGGCCGUCUUGCAAGGGAGUUGACCACACUUGAAGCAGCCGCAUGGAAGAAGCUGACUGUUGGUGGUGCUGUGGAGCCUUCACGCUGCAAUUUCAGUGCAUGUGCAGUUGGGAACCGGCUUGUGCUAUUUGGAGGGGAAGGGGUGAACAUGCAGCCAAUGGACGAUACUUUUGUUCUCAAUCUAGACGCGGUGAAUCCCGAAUGGCGGCGAGUGAAAGUAGCCUCAUCCCCGCCUGGGCGAUGGGGCCACACACUUUCGUGCCUGAACGACUCAUGGCUAGUGGUUUUCGGGGGAUGCGGGCGGCAGGGAUUGCUAAAUGACGUCUUCGUAUUGGACUUGGAUGCCCAACAACCAGCAUGGAAGGAAGUUGCUGGAGAAGGCCCCCCACUUCCCAGAUCAUGGCAUAGCUCGUGCACCGUCGAUGGCUCGAAGCUGGUUGUUUCAGGUGGAUGCACGGACGCUGGUGUACUCCUGAGUGACACAUUUCUACUGGAUCUUACCAAGGAUAAGCCAAUGUGGAGGGAGAUACCAUCGUCGUUUGCCCCAGCCUCGAGGCUGGGACACACACUCUCAGUUUAUGGAAGGACAAAGAUUCUGAUGUUUGGUGGACUGGCCAAGAGAGGGCCUCUGAGACUAAGAUCAUCUGAGGCAUACACAAUUGAUUUGGAAGACGAUGAGCCUCAGUGGAGGCAAUUGGGGGGUAGUGGGUUCCCAGGUGUGGGCAACCAGAGUGUUGCGGCCCCUCCACCCAGACUUGACCAUGUAGCUGUAAGCAUGCCUUGUGGGAGAAUCAUCAUCUUCGGUGGAUCCAUCGCAGGUCUGCACUCCCCAUCGCAGCUGUUCCUUCUGGACCCUUCGGACGAUAAGCCCACAUGGCGGAUUCUUAAUGUUCCUGGGCAGCCACCAAAAUUCGCAUGGGGCCAUAGUACUUGUGUGGUUGGAGGGACUCGAGUCCUGGUUUUGGGUGGUCAUACCGGCGAGGAGUGGAUAUUAAAUGAGCUACAUGAGCUGUGCCUGGCGAGCAGACCAGAUUUGGACCCGUGAUCAUCGAGCGUAAGCAUCAUCACCACCGUCCGAAGAGCAUAUUUUGCAGCUUAAUACAUGUUAGUCUUGAGCUCAGAAUUUUACUUUCAUCCUUGUAGUUUGCAAUUUUAUUUGCUGAGAUGUUUUGAGUCUUAUGUUUUGUAGCUUCUGCAAA